AUGAAGGGCUCAGGCGCAGGACUUCCAGAACCCAGCAAGAAUGGCAACCCGGGCGGAGAAACACCACCUUCCCGCACACUCGUCUUCCUGACCGUAAGCUUCUACUUGGUCGCCGCGCUCGUCAUGGUCUUCGUCAACAAAUGGGUGCUCAACUCGGUUUCUGUGCCCAUCUUCCUCCUCUUCUGUCAACUGGUAAUCGCAGUGGUGCUCCUCAAGCUCUCUCACAUCUUUGGACUGAUCAAGUUACCCCAAAAAACCUUCAGGAGUCUCUUCAACUCUGCCACCCAAUUCAAGCUCCUCAAAUCUAUAAGCCCCAUGGUCCUCAUCAACGUCUCCGGUUUGAUCUUUAAUACUUACUGUUUGAAGUUCGUCGAUGCCUCUUUUUAUCAGGUUGCAAGAGGCUUAAUUUUGCCAUUCACGAUCUUUGCAUCUCAUAUGUUUUUGGGCACACGGGCAUCGAUCAAGAUCUACAUUUCAGUGGGCAUAGUCUGCAUGGGGUUCAUGCUGGGCGUGAGCUCGGAGCGAUUCACGGUCUCCCAUCUAGGAGUUCUCCUCGGGAUUCUGUCGUCAGUGACCACCGCGAUCCACGCGAUCAUCGUGAAACAGACAUUGGAGAAGGUGCCCUCGACGAUCGCAUUGACCUACUACAGCAACGGCCUCUCGGCGCUCAUCGUCCUCCCCCUGAUCUUCCUCGUCGGCGAGACGCCCACGAUCUUCGCCCUCUUCUCCGACGGCUACGAUCGCUUCAGAACCUUCUUCCUCGGCACCCUCAUCACCGGCCUCUUCGGCUUCUUCAUCUGCAUCGCCGGCCUCCUCUCGAUCAAGGUCACUUCUCCCGUCACCCAUAUGAUCAGUUCUGCAGUCAGAGGCGUCAUACAGACGAUACUAGGGGCGGUGGUAUUUUCGGACAAGAUAACGAGCGGACGCGUGACGGGGAUCGGGAUGAUUCUAGUGGGCUCGAUAUACUACACCUGGGUGAAGGACCAAGAGCUGAUACAGCAGCAGGCGAAGCCGGCGGGCGGCAAGCCGGAGCGGAUCCGUUUGGGCCAGCUGGCCAGCCACGGCCUGGACGAAAGAGACCCUGAGUCGGAGUCGCUGGCUGGAUGGUCUUGGUCGCAAAUAUCACGAUCGGAUCUCUCCUACAACCAAGCCCCUUUCCCCUUCUAG